CUACCUACCUACCUACCUACCUACCUACCUACCUACCUACCUACCUACCUACCUACCUAGAUAGAUAGAUAGAUAGAACCUCGACAUGGCCACCCUGCAGAAUUCCAUCAAUGGCGUAGACUCGUCCGUCGCCAUCAUAAUACCCUCGAAACCGAAGCCAUUGACGGUAACGUACAAAGACCUCAUAGCCGAAUGCUCUUCCUUCCAAUGCAAGCUUGCCGCCAUCGGAAUCACCAACCGUUCUCCGGUAUCGAUAGCGACGGCGAACUCAUACGAGUUCAUCGUCUCGUUCCUUGCCACCUCAUGGCAGCGCGGUAUCGCCGCGCCUUUAAACCCGGCCUAUAAGCAGACCGAGUUCGAGUUUUACAUCGAAGACAUUAAGUCUGCUAUCGUGCUUGUUCCUAAGGGCGCAUAUGAAGCCAAUGCGCCCUCCGUCAAGGCUGCGCGCAAGUUCAAUGCCGCAAUCGCCGAGUGCUACUGGGACAAUGCGAAGAAUGAGGUGGCUUUAGAUGUUAAAGAUUUCGGCCAGUUGAAGGGGAAGGCCAAAGAGAACGUGCUGCGGUCACAACCAGAUGAUGUCGCAUUAGUCUUACACACAAGUGGCACGACGUCGAGGCCUAAAGUUGUUCCAUUGACGCAUCGCAACUUGACACGAACCAUGAAGAAUAUUCAGUCGACGUAUCAGCUUACUGCGCAAGACCGGACAAUGCUAGUUAUGCCGCUGUUCCAUGUUCACGGUCUUCUCUGUGCUCUUCUAGCUCCUCUGUACUCUGGGGGCUCCAUGAUUGUGCCAACUAAAUUCUCGGCUUCGGACUUUUGGCAAGAUUUUGUUACCUACGGGGCGAACUGGUAUACUGCCGUACCGACGAUACAUCAGAUCCUCCUCAGGAACUCUGCUCCAAGUCCUCUGCCUAAGAUUCGCUUCAUCCGGUCUUGCUCCUCGCCUCUAUCACCGACAGUGUUUCAUCAGCUGGAGGAGAAAUUCAAGGCGCCUGUCUUGGAAGCGUAUGCCAUGACAGAAGCUGCACACCAAAUGACAUCUAACCCCUUACCCCCGGCGAAGCGAAAGCCUGGCACGGUGGGGCUAGGUCAGGGUGUAGAAGUCAAAAUUCUCAACGACGCUGGCGAUGAGGUACCUCAAGGCACCGAGGGCGAGAUCUGUAUCCGGGGCGAGAACGUGACCAAAGGCUAUUUGAAUAAUCCAACCGCCAACGCAACAGCGUUCGCCAAAGGCGGCUUCUUCCGCACCGGCGACCAAGGCAAGAAGGACGAGGACGGAUAUAUCAUCAUUACUGGCCGUAUCAAGGAGCUCAUCAACAAAGGCGGCGAAAAGAUUAGCCCAAUUGAGUUGGAUAACGUGCUAACGAGACACCCGUCUGUCUCGGAGGCCGUAAGCUUUGCCAUCCCUGAUGAGUUGUACGGCCAGGAUAUCGGUGUCGCAAUUGUACUCAAGAGCGGGGCCAAGCUUGAACAGGACGAAUUGAGAGCCUGGGUUAACGAGAAAUUGGCCAAGUUCAAGGUGCCCAAGAAGAUCUACUUUACCGAGGUCAUGCCCAAGACAGCAACAGGGAAGAUCCAGAGACGCAUCGUGGCUGAGACAAUGCAGAAGCAGGAAUCUCCCAAGGCGAAGCUAUAAUCUCAGUAACAGAAUGACGUUUGCUUUUAUUAUAGCUAUGUAACACGAGAUUAAACAUAAGCCUUGAUGUGCGGAUGAGCGGAUGAGCGGAUGAACGGGGAUAAGGGGUGUUACAUAUAUAUACUGCGACAGAGGGCGAAGGGAUAAAUAUAAAUUCACCAAGAUGCAAUGUAGG